CACCAAAAAUUUCGAUCAUUGCGUUGCAGAGACUUUCUUCACUUCCGCUGUGAUUGGAUCGUGAGAGAGUCACCGUCAACGAAACGAUGGGUUUAGGUUUCGCGGUCGGCGUCCUUGGCGUUCUGAUUCUCGGCCACGCCGCCUAUUCCACGAUUCAAUAUAGGGGAUUGUUGAAGAUCAUGGAGGAGGAGUUUUCAGGACCUCCCAUGAACGUGGUAUUGGAGUUGCUUCUGGCUUUUCUUUUCUGCAUCUGGGCUGCACUCUCUGUGCCGGGGAAGUUUCUUCCAAUAAAUCCCGAUUCGGAGGAGAAUAGGAUUGUGUCCUUACCGGACAACUUGGACUUCAUGAUCUUUAAUCAUCGUGCCAAAGUCUCGCUUUCUGAAAUUGGUUUGAAGCUGAAGCAUUGAGAUUAAAGAAUCUUUAUAGCUCUAGUAGAGGAGGGCAUGCAUUGUUGGAGUUCUUCGAAACUUCAGGAGAGCUGAAAUGGACGGGGGCAAUGAGCAUAUGUGAUAAUUGGUUUCUCUUUUUCAAGUGGUUAGAGAUUAUUUGUUCCCUCUUUUGACAGUUUAAUUUAGCAAAGUUACUGAUGUUUCUAGCUGAUACUAUCUAUCAUUUCUUUGAAUUGCCACUCGCCAGUGUCAAGAGCUCUGCUAUUUUGCCUGCUAGACAAACAGCUAAACCCUCAAUUUUAUAUUUUCUUGUCCAUGUACUGCAACAUUGUGUAACUUAUUUGUUAUUGUCGAGGUUUUCUAGCCGGUCUCAGUCCAGUAAACAUUUUUUCAUUUC